UUUGAUCUUAUAUCUAUAAGAGUAUUUUUUAUUACUAUAUACUGCAUGUUCUGAUACAUGCGAUAUUUCUAUAGAUCUCUCAGUACCACAUGAAUACAAGCACCGAAUCUGCAUCAUUCAUAUAAUUAACAUUAACCGGAAUUCAGAUUUGUAAUAAUCACCUGAAAGACAAUGCAGAAAACAACAGUUUAUUCGCUUAAGGAAUGGGAUAACAUUUCUAAAAUACCUCUCAUACAUAUGACUUAUGUUAUGCAAUUACUUCUGCCCCGCCGCCAUAUUGGACGAGAACGCCUACAGGCGGAUAAAGAAAAAGUUCUGGCAGGAUGUUCGCCUGAAAAGCUAGGUAUACAGCAUAGUUUAAAGAUAGUUCCAGUUGGAAGUAAAUCGGAAGGUUAUGGAAUACCGGACGCAGUUAGAAUGACCGGGGAUCAUCACGUCGAGUUUUUGUCGGACAUUGAUGUUAUGCUUGUAAAAGAAGAAUUUCAAGCAGGAGCGAGUGAAUUUAAGGAAGACGGCACAACACAUUCUGUAUUUAUUGAGACUAAUCAAACGCACCCUGGUUAUGGAAGGGUUCGAUUAAUUGCACCUAAAGUUAAGGAUAGUCCACUAAUUUUUCAUGACGACGAAGCAAAAAAAUAUUAUAUAAGUUCAUAUAUGCUAAUGAAAGAACAAUACAAUCAGGUAAAAGAUGACCCUGAUGAUGUUUUCAAUUAUUUACGACAAGGUCCAGCUAUUUCAACCGAAGAUUCUCACCAGCUUACUCUUCAUCGAGCAAAAAGUGGUAAAAUAUAUCAUCCUUAUGAUUAUGUGAUUGCUAUACCAUGCGAGGCAUGGCCGGAUGUUGCUGUGGAAUGGACACAACGAAAGCGCCGUAAUGGCUGGUUAACUCCUGAUAUUAUUAAAGAAAUUGUUUCUUGUGGUUGUCACAUGGUACCAGUUGCACAUCGUCACAGUACUCGCCCCGAAAUUGAAUGGAGAUUAUCAUUUGCUAAAACUGAGGAGCUCCUUGCUCGAAAAGCUGUUACUUCAGGCCAGAGACAGUGCCUUAUUUACGUGAAGAUGCUACGGCUACAGCUGAACAUGAAAAAACUAUCAUCUUAUUGUCUUAAGAACGUGUUUUUACACUGUUGUGAUGAACUACCUACGACUGCUUGGGAUAAUGACCCAGCUGGUUGCGUGAUUUAUAUGAUAGACAUUUUAAUUGAAUGUAUAGAUCGGAGAUAUUUACCUGGCUACUUCUUACCUAAAAAUAAUCUAAUAGACCAAUUGGAAAACCAGGAUUUUGACGAGAUUAAGUCUUCUUUGAAAACGAUGCGAAACGAUCCUUUAUCGCCGAUUUUAGAUUUUAGUGAUUUCCGAGUCUUUAUACUCUCAACAGAAGACUGUAUAAGUUAUAAAACGUCGUUCCGCGAUAUUGUUCGACCUAUCAUGAACGACAUUUUAUCUAGAUCUCAUCUUGAGACGAAACAGUCGAUCUUGGGUUGCUUUUUAGAUGUUCAAUGUAUAGUAGCAUCAGUCAUGCUGAGUGAAAAACGCUCACCAUUUUAUUUUCAUUUAGAUUUCUAUCAACUCUUUAUUCAGAAAUAUUUUCAAACGCCAUUUCUUGAUUUAAUUAUAUACAUAGGCAUUAAACUGAAUUCUGCAUUUCUAACGCUGAUGUUUUAUGAGAAAUGUUUGAAAGAGGUCACUGAUUUUCCAGAACUUGAAAACCUGCGAGGUGAUAUGGCUUGCAUGUGCUUUUCCCUUGCAAGAACUUGUGAUGAACAAUGGGCAGCGACAAUGCGUUUAGGUCAGGCAGAAAGGAUUUUCAAAGAAGUUGUACGUAAAAGUGGUGUGUACCAUCCAAGCACUAUUGACUAUUCAAAUUUUCUGUGUUAUACUGAAAAAUGGAAUGAAGUCAUAAAUUUGCUUGAAGAAUUCAUAGAAUCCGAUGAAAAAAAGCGAAUGGUGAUGGCAAACAUAUAUCAUAAGGUCGAAUCUCCAACGUUAAAUGAACAAAUUAAAAAGGAAGUUUUAUAUUCUGGUUAUUUCGAGGCAAAUUCCCUGGCUUUUGCAUAUUACUUUUUGGUCAAAGCAUAUUUGAAGCUUGACUCAACCAAAGUUAAACAAGUUCUCGGCAAAUUCUUGACAUAUUGUCAAUCUACAGUAAGCUACGGAAAUUUCGAACUUCUAGGCUAUAGUGGAGUAAAUACCAGAAAUUACUUUCUGGCAGAACUAGCAUUCUCAAAGGCUAUAGUAUUAACACAACAUAAAUCACUAGCGGAAGAAAACGUUGCUUCAUGUAAGAGUAAAAUCUGGCAUCAUAGAAAAAAGAACUUGUUCAAAUACAUUUUGAUCAUAGGAAAUAUUUUAGACAAUAAUUUACAUAAUGUGUGCGAUAUUUUAUUCCAGACAAUUCAAUAGAUUGAAAGAAAAAAAAAACCCAGCAGCACGCAUAUUUAAAAAAAGAUAAUCUAAUAUGCUUAGUUCUUUGGUGUAUAUUUAAUUGUCUCAUUGGCUAUCAUCCACACAUUUUUAUAUUUAAUGCAAGAAUACAUGCGAAGUAACAAAGGUAAAAAAGUAAAGGUAUUAAAGGGGCAUUAGCUACGAGAUAUAAACAAAAUAUAUAUGAUUUCUUUUUGUUCAAUCAUUAAUGAAAGUGAAAUAGUGAAAUAAUAAUUCGCUUUUAACAGUCAGUUUGGUUCAAUUUUGUCAAAAUAAGCUAAGAAACAUCGCUGAUGAAUUAUUCACUUGCAAGUGAAUAAUUCGACCUCAUUGAAUGCGUAUUCAUGUGACCUUCAAUUUAAUCCCUUAGCUAGAGAUUGGUUACGCAUGUAUUAAGCGUGUUCAGCAAUUAACAGGAAAAUAAUGUCAACAUUGAAAGUGAAGCAAAGGUGAACCAUUUCGUUGACAGAUUCAAUCCACAAAAAAACAUUCUUAUACAGGUAAAAAGGAUGAUUAACUUAUUUUUAAAACCUAAAACACGAACUCAGUCAAACAGACUUAGAAAAAAUCCUAUUUUUAUUUAUGUUUAUGUUUAUAUCGAAUUAUGUGACCGUCGGCAGUCUUCCGAUGUCAUCUCGAUAGUUAAGUAGAUGGCGUCUAGACUAAAAUACACAUGAAAUGCUGAUAUAUAUUAUCGAUUCCAUGCAUUGUUAAUUGUUUAUUUGACUUAUUGUAACUCUGAUAUACGUUUUAGUAUGUUGUAAUAAAAUAUUAGAAUUUGAGUCAAAUCGGUGAACAUGAAUUUGACAACUAAUGCCCCUUUAACUUAAAAAAUAAUUAAAAAAGUCAGAAUCGACCGCUCGGAACAACAUGACGACGACAACAAAUGUUUCAACGAUUGCUUUUUGGAAAAAAAAGUGUAUGCAUAGGUAUAUAACGUCACCAAACCUUCAGUAGUACCAACAAAAUGUUACAACAAAAAUACCUAACUCCAAGGUGAAUUCAAAAAGGGGGCAGUCCAUACUGACAAAACUAAACACUCGACUAAAUCAAACAACGUAACGACUGGAAAUCAACUGUCAUAUUCCUGACUUGGUACAGACCUUUUCCGAAAAAAAAGGUGAAUUAAAAUUAUAAUAAUGACUGAAUUCAACAGUUCUAUGUAGUCAAAAUGCCGAGACAAAAACGUAUCAUUAUGAUAAAUUAUAUAUAUUUUCUCAUAAAACAGACCAUUAUGAGGUAAAAACUACUAAUUUGCUAGGUAUGUCCAAUAUUUUGACUAAAGCAAUUUAAUUUCAGUCUUUUUUUUAUGAGUUUUGAUAUAAUUUAAGCGAACUGUAUUGUUAAUAUCUUGGAGGUAGGAAAACAGACCAUUAUAUUGGUAUGGUGUAAAUAUUGGUGAUUUUUUUUUUGGUACUGUUUAUGAACUUCAAUGUACGACUUUCUAAUAUUGUACAACAUUAAGGAUAUUUAAGAGAUUACAACCAGUACUUUAUUCAUAACCAUAAUAUGAUUAAAAUUAAAUGAUAACGUGCG